AGUCCCGUUGCUUUAUGAGCAGAGUUAGGAUCUAUGAACGUCUUGGUUCACAUGCUAGAGAGUUGCCCCCAAACCACCAGAAAGAUUCAUCACUUAGGGGGAAAUGCGAAGGUGUUUCAGGCUGAGCCCUCCCCCGGCUCGCUCUUCCUUUCCAGUGCUCAGGGCAGCCUCAAACCAGAGACGUAUCUGACAGCUGUGCUUGGCAGAGUUUGGGCUCCCAGCUGGGACAGUGGCUACCUUGAGAGCAGAGCUCGUGUCCCUCGCUGAAGAACUGAAAGAAGUCUGUUUUGGACCUUGGGGUUUGGUUGAGUUGCAAGUUGGUGGCGUCCUGCCCCAAGGAAAACUGAUGCACGUAUCACCUCUGCUGUUCUUUUCAGAAUAGGAUGAAGGUGUUGCUGAGCCUGACUCUGGUGCUGACAUGGCAGGAGCGAUGCAGCGGAUCGGCCGGCUGGGUGUUCACGGAGCCUCAGCUUCGAGCCAGAGCUGGGGACUCUGUUCUGCUGCAGUGCCUCUUCCUAGAGCCAGCGGCCAAGGGCUGGACGAUGGACAAAGUGGACUGGCUGCGCAUGGCAGGACCUGGCAUGCAGAAGGAGGAGAUGGUGUUUUAUUACUACAGCAACCGUAGCAUCCCUGUGGGCCGUUUCCGAGACCGGGCGCAGUGGCAAGGGGACACCUCCCGCUGGGACGGCUCUAUCCAGCUGCGGGACGUGCAGGUGAAGGACAGUGGCACGUACGUGUGUGAGAUCCGGCUGCUCAAGCACAGCAGCAUCUUCAAGAACCGCACGGUGCUGCACGUCAGCCCCGCGGGACAGAGAGCAGGACGAGGAGCAGCAGGUGCCCAGGACUCUGCGGCCCCGCGACACCCUGUGCUGUGGCCCGUGACCGUGGGCUGUGCCUGCGUGGCCGUCGUGCUGGCUUUCCUGGCCGGACUCAGCAUGAGGAAGAGGUCUGCAGCCAACACCACCCUGGAGAGGACCGAAAAUGGAGUCAGCAAGAACAAAGCAGAGGUGAGAGCUGAGGAAGCGCUUUACUCCUCAAUCCCUGGAGCUGAGGUACCCAAGGCUGAACAGGAUGCAAGGAAGAAGCAGAAAGCCGAGGAGACCUACAUAACCAUGCAUCCCUCUUCCUUCCGGGAGAAUGGCGUCUACGUGGAGCUGGCCAAGAGGGCCAUCCCAGCAGAAUGGACGGGAGAGGACAGACAGGGUGAUGGACAAAGCGAGGAACCCUACAGCACACCAGCAGCAGCGCUUCCCUGGGCUCCAGAGGGUCAGAAAUAGCCGUGCUGGGGGCUGCAAGCCCCUUAUCCAGCAGGUGUGUGCAAGACUUCUUUGUUCCUUUGGGCAGGCCGGCGUGGUGCUGCUGCCAGCCCUUCCUCUGAGAAGCGGUGCCACCUCACGGUGUGCUCCCUGCCAGAGCCACCGCUGGGACACGUCCCACCCCGUUGUCUGCCGGGGGGACCAGGGGAGAUAUGUCUUAGGCUCUUGUCUCGUGGCCUCCGGAGGGGGCACGGAGGGCACAGCCUCCAUGCUCUAGCUUUGAUCCUGCUCCGUGCAGCCGCAGGUCCCCAGACAUCAGUCUCCAAGGAGGACCUGGCAGGGGGAGGAAGGAGGAGAUGCAGCUGGAGCUGUGCAGAUGUGCCAAUGGUAUCUUGUGAAUUCAAUAAAACUCAGGGAUUCUA